AUGGAUUGGUUUAACCUGCAUUGUAUUGACCUGAACCAUCCGCCUGGCUAUGAUGACUUCAUUGAACCAGAUGGAACUGAAGCACCACUACAAGGCACAUCAGUAGAUGAUACUGGUGCUAAUUCUGGAUUCAUGUCAGUAGAUGAUACUACUGAUGGUGCACCGACUGGUCAAACACUGUCUAGUGAAGAAAGUGGCCGUGAUGGUGAGGUGCAGUCAAUGCUAGAAGGAUUUGCACCACGUAAACCAUACCUAGGGAUGAAAUUUGAUACGUGGGAGGCUGCUAAAGUGCACUACAACAGGAAGAGUUCAAUCUGGGAAGUAACACAGUUCAUUGAAGAGCACACUCAUGAAACUAUCAAGAAGCUUGGUCUGAAGAAGUAUUUACGGUCACACAAGAAAAUACCAAAAGAAGAAAAGAAGUUCAUUGAUCUGUUAGACAGUGUGAACCUCUCAGCAAGAAGAAUAAUGGAUAUCAUGUCUGAGCUUUAUGGAACAGGAAAAGCGGUUCCUUAUGACACAAAGACAAUAAGUAACUACAUGGCAAGUAUAGAUGAGAAGCAAAAUGUGAAAGACAUACCAGAGCUUUUGAAUUACUUUGAGGAACCUAAGAAAGAAGAUCCAAAUUUCUUCUACAAAUACAAACUUGAUAGUGAGGACAGGGUUGAAAAUAUAUUUUCUAGAGAAGUUUACAAGAAUUACAAUGACUGCAUAUCCUUUGAAACUACAUACAUGACAAACACUUAUAAGAUGUCGUGUGCACCCAUCAUUGGAAUUAACAGAUAUGGGCAGACAAUCCACUUGGGAUGUGGCUUCUUGAGGAAUGAGAAGAUAAGUAACUUUGUCUGGUUGUUUGAGCAGUUCCUAGAUGCUAUGGAUGGUUUACACCCUCUGAAUAUCAUCACUGACCAGGAUGUUGCUAUUACUACUGCCAUCCAAGAAAUGUUUCCUAACUCGUGCCAUAGGAACUGUCGGUGGCAUAUAAUGCAAAAUGCACAAGGAUCCCCUCUCGGCCCUUUCAUGGCGAAGCAUGAGGAACUACAAAGGGAGUUCAAUGAAAUUGUUGACUAUAGCCUGACACCUGUCGAGUUUGAGAACCGAUGGGGAGAGAUGAUUGAGAGGCAUGGUGUAUCGGACAACACAGACCUUGCUUACCUAUAUGAAAUUAGAGCUAAAUUUGUCCUAGCUUAUUUUAUGGAUAGGUUCUUCCCUUUCCUACAAACUACUGCUCGCAGUGAAGGAUUCAAUGUAGUUCUGAAGAGAUAUGUCGACCCAAAUGCAAGCCUGCUACGUUUCUUCAAACAAUACAUGAAGUUACAAGAGAGGAUAGAUAUUACUGAAGAUUAA